AUGGAGCAAUCGGUUUUGGAUGACAUAAUCAAUCGCCUCCUCGAAGUUCGUACUCGACCGGGGAAGCAGGUCCAGCUAUCGGAGUCCGAGAUCCGUCAACUCUGCGUCGUUUCCAGAGAGAUUUUCUUGCAACAACCUAAUUUAUUGGAGCUCGAAGCUCCUAUUAAGAUUUGUGGUGAUGUACAUGGGCAAUAUUCUGAUCUCUUGAGGCUUUUUGAGUACGGUGGAUUACCUCCCGAAGCCAACUACUUGUUUUUGGGGGAUUAUGUGGAUAGAGGGAAACAGAGUUUAGAAACAAUUUGCCUUCUCCUUGCUUAUAAAAUAAAAUAUCCUGAGAACUUUUUCCUGUUAAGGGGAAACCAUGAAUGUGCUUCUAUAAACCGGAUAUAUGGCUUCUAUGAUGAGUGCAAGAGAAGGUUCAAUGUAAGGUUAUGGAAGACAUUUACAGAGUGCUUCAAUUGUCUGCCAGUGGCCGCCCUUGUUGAUGAAAAGAUUUUGUGUAUGCAUGGAGGACUUUCUCCUGACUUACAUAAUUUGGAUCAGAUUAGAAAUCUACCGAGGCCCACAGAUGUUCCUGAUACAGGUUUGCUUUGUGAUCUCCUUUGGUCUGAUCCAAACAAAGAAAUUCAAGGAUGGGGAAUGAAUGAUAGAGGAGUUUCAUAUACAUUUGGUGCUGAUAAGAUCUCAGAGUUUCUUCAGAAACAUGAUCUUGAUCUUGUUUGUCGAGCGCAUCAGGUUGUGGAAGAUGGAUACGAGUUCUUUGCUAAUCGACAGCUUGUAACAAUAUUUUCAGCGCCUAAUUAUUGUGGGGAGUUUGAUAAUGCCGGCGCUAUGAUGAGCGUUGAUGAAACACUAAUGUGCUCUUUCCAAAUAUUAAAACCAGCUGAUAAAAAGGCUAAGCACAAUUUUGGCAGUACAACCACUGCUAAGCCUGGAAACUCCCCAGCAGGUGUAAAGUCCUUCCUGGGAGCGAAAACAUGA